AUGCCUCAGAUGUAUAAGAUGGUUAUAGAAAAAGUUAAAGAGCAAUUAAAAAAUGUUACUGCUGUAUGUUUAACUACUGAUGGAUGGACUUCUCGUAAUAACCAAAGUUUUAUUGCUGUAACAGCACAUUUUUUAAAUCCUGAAAAUGAUUCAGAGCUGUCCGCUUAUUUAUUGGGAUGUACUAGUUUUCCUGAAAGUCACACAGCUGACAAUUUAGCCUUGUUUUUAAAAAAUACAGUAUCUGAGUGGGGAUUAAAUGAUAGAGUAACAGCUGUAGUGACAGAUAAUGCGUCUAAUAUGAAAUUAGCUAUAGAUAAAUGUGACUGGAGACGAAUAUCCUGUUUUGCCCAUUCAGUGAAUUUAGUGGUUCAAAAUAGUUUAGAGAUCAUUGAACCAGUAAUAACUAAAAUUAAAAAUAUUGUUUCAUAUUUUAAGAGGAGUUCUCACGCUUUAGCAAAGUUGGAAGAGUACCAAAAACAAACAGGAAGUCCUAUUUUAAAGUUAAAACAAGAUUGUCCAACACGUUGGAAUUCUUGUUAUGAUAUGCUAGAAAGAGUAUUAAAGCUUAGAGAGCCAAUAACUGCAACUUUAGCUAUUUUAAAUAGUAAUCACUUGAAUUCCCUAAAUUCUUAUGAUUGGGAAUAUACUGCUAACUUUGUGGAUGAAAUAAGUUUGCCAAAAGAGGUACAUGAUAUGGCUGAAAUUUAA